AUGCUCGCCUCCCGUCGCGGCCGCGCCGUCGUCGCGGCGCGCGUGCGCGGCCUCUGCGGCUGCCCGUACGAGACGCUCGGCCUCCGGCCCGGCGUCCCCACCGCUGACGUGCGGCACAAAUAUCUGCAGCUGGCGCGGCAGAACCACCCCGACGCGACGCACCGAGGCUGUCCGGAGAGGAUGGCGCAGAUCAACGCAGCCUACGAGAGGCUGGUCGACCCGCAGCACCAGGCGGAGGAGGCGGCGGCCGCGGAGCGGCGGAGAGCCUCCACGGCGGGCUCCGCCGCCUUGGCUGAGGCGGGGCACAUGAAGGAGGCGUUCGCUGCAUUCUUCGCGUGCGGAGAGGAGGCGGCCGCGAGCAGAACUUCCGAGGGCGUGGCGCGGGCGGAGGCGGCGCACGGCCUCUUCCUGGCGGCGUGCGAGCGGCGGCGCGCGCGGAGCCUGCCCUCGCACGCGCAGAUCGUGGAGCUGUGGUCGUGGCUGCUGCGCCGCGGACUCGUGUCGGCGGAGGCGUGCAACGCGUACUUCAGCGCCAGCAUCCGGGCGGGGCAGGCCAAGGCGGCCAUGGAGGCGUACCGGCACGCCGAGGCGGCAGGGCUCGAGCAGGGGACGCACAUGCGCUCCUACAUCCGGCAGGUGCGAAACUACAAGGCGAGCCGCGAGCAAGGCUGA